AUGUCUUUCAAUGGGGUAGAUGAUACCAAGGAUGCGAUUACCGCCGGCCAACUGGCAGACUUGACACUGAACGACAACACGGACACAAAUUGGUUCAGUGACAUGGCAGCUUUCGGAGUUCGCAUAUGUAAGAUGGCAUCCAAGAAUACGAGCUUGUUUAGGUGCUUGUUUUACAAGAAAUGGGGCAUGCUACGCAUGGGUACGGGGACUGUGGCCAGAGGACUCAGAGAAAGAAGGCCAGAGAGGGUAAUGAGUCAAGAACAAAAGUUGUGGCCAGGCGGUGGGAAGUGGAUAGUGAAGAAGAGGAGCCCAUUGAGGGCAGUUAUGAUGGCAUGGGAAGUGACUGAAGAAAAGAAUGGAGGGCAGUGGAUUCCAUCGCCAGCAAUCGCAGUGGGAUGA